AUUUCUCGGUCCAUCCAGAACCUCCUCCCGUCAUCUCUUCCUUCUCUUGCGCCGAAAAGCAAACACCUUGCGAUCAAUCUCCCCAGCAAGAAACCGACCCACCGCUAUGGCCGCCGCCGCCCCGCCUCCGCCGCCCUCCGAUGUCCCCGCGAUGCCGGAAAUCGCUCCCCCUUCCUCCCGCCGGACGCUCUUCGCCCGCGUCCGCCUCGCCGCCCCGUCCGACGUCCCCCACAUCCACAAGAUGAUCUACCAGAUGGCCGUCUUCGAGCGCCUCGCGGACCAGUGCGCCGCCACCGAGGCCUCCCUCUCUUCCACCCUCUUCAACUCCCCUCCCUUCCAGUCCUUCACCGUCCUCCUCCUCGAGGUCUCCCACCUUCCCUUCGCCCCGCUCCCGCCGCCGCCGCCGCCGCAAAACCCUACCGGCGUGCCCGCAUUCGCCCCGGUCGUCCACGCGAUCAACCUCGACCUCCCCAUCGAGGACCCCGAGGCCGAGAUCUUCGCUUCCGGGGCCGAGGGCGGGCGGCGCGGCGCCGUGGUGGCUGGGUUCGUCCUGUUCUUCCCGAACUACUCGACGUUCCUGGCGAAGCCGGGGUUCUACAUAGAGGACCUGUUCGUGAGGGAGUGCUACCGGAGGAAGGGGCUGGGGCGGAUGCUGCUGACGGCGGUGGCGGGGCAGGCGGCGAGGAUGGGGUACGGAAGGGUCGAGUGGGUGGUGCUCGACUGGAACGUGAACGCGAUAAAGUUCUACGAGGAUAUGGGGGCGAAGAUCCUGCAGGACUGGAGGAUUUGCAGGCUGACCGGAGAGGCCCUCUCUGCAUAUGCCAACAUCGAUUACUGAAGAAGAUGACGACGCCCAAGAAAGAAAAGUUCACACUUUUUAAUGUGGCGAAAUGAAAAUCUAAGUUGUGUGGUUUUUGUGUUUCUGAGUUAGGGUCUAAUCUGAUCUGUUGUUUCGUUGAGCAAUUCGGGAUUGUCGCAAAUUUGGGUCGACGAGAGUCUGUUGUUCGUGUCAAUUUCUGUAGUCAAUAUCGAAUGAACUCGAAGGUGCCUGUUUGGGCUUUCUUUGUGUAAGUGUAUUUAGUGCAGUUCAGUGCGUUUGGAAUUUCCAAUUCAGAAGUGGUCUGGAUUGGGCA